ACGGCGGGCAGCGUGGUUCAGAGUCCAAAAUGAUGGCAGUCGUUGGAUUCAUCGCUCUUCCAAUCCGAAAUCAGUAUUAUAUCCCCCCUCGGUGCUGGAUAGGAUAUUCGUUCACCCUAUCCAUUCAGUCGGCUAUUCGGAAGAUGCGGCUAGAGUCUCCGUCUUAUCCGACUCUGUCUGAUUUGUAGAAGUCACCAACACCAUCACGUCCGUCAGCUACAAUCGACGCGAUCAACUUCGCCUUUUUUGAACCCCGAUAAACAUGUCCUCCCCAUCCCCAGUAGAUGCUCCAGAGCACAUCCUCCAGCUUCUCUCCAAGCUCCACCGCAUCUCGCUCGAGCAAGAAGCCGCAAUCUCCAAGAAGAAUGGCAAGGUAAUAUCCACAGACGUCCAAGACGAACUCAACAACAAGAAUGAUGGCUCCGAACCCCGAAGCGCGUUUGACCAGCUCAUGCUUGAUAAAUUCAUCGCACUAGAUGAAGAUAAGUGCCAAUUCAUGUACCAGCUCAUCACGGCGAUGGGCGCAACCAAUGUCAUCGAAGCAGGCACCAGUUUCGGUGUCAGCACCAUCUAUCUCGCGCUUGCAGUUUCCAAGACCAAGGCCGCAACCGGCAAGUCAGGCAUCGUGAUCGCGACAGAGAAGGAAGCCCAAAAGGCCGAGGUUGCGCGCAAGUACUGGGCUGAGUGUGGGGAUGUAGUGAGUCGCGAGAUUGAUCUGCGCGAAGGUGAUUUACUUGAGACUCUAAAGACGGAACUACCGCAGCAGGUUGAUUUUCUUCUACUUGAUAUCUGGUGCCCACUUGCUCUGCCGACGGUAAAGAUCGUCCAGCCUCACCUUCGACCUGGUGCAGUUAUACUCGCCGAUAACACCAUCUCUGCUGCAGAGGGGUAUGCAGAUCUGCUGGCUUAUUUGAGGAAUCCUAAGAAUGGCUUCCGGAAUACAACCCUUCCUUUUACUAAUGGGUUUGAAAUGAGUGUAUACCAGCCGGCCAAGUAGGUCGAAUCUCUGGGAAAGCUAACUGCGCUCUAACUGCAUCUAUGCUGAUAUUCUGAAAAUAAAUCACAUAUACCAGUUGAAGAUAUGAUCCAAUUUCAAGCGAAUUUAGAUAUGGUCUAAAUGAGAACGUGCCUGUAUAUCGGUCUAUUUAAAGAUUCUCCAACUACUCGACAAUAACACACCAAGGAUAAGAAGACCAGAUAGCUG